AUGCUUACCUCAUCAAAAGCGGAAUGGGUUUUAUCGAUUUUUCAAUUUAUGAUUAGUAUAAUUUCUUCUGCUUUAUGGAUUAUAGAAGCUGUUGCCUUGUCGGUAAAAUUCUUAUAUGGUUCAUUUGAUUCAUUGGAAGAAGACGAAACAUCGAUAUACGCAUUUGCCAAAGGUUCAACGUUGAUUGUGACCUUGCACUUUGUAUUAUUGUCUAUCAUGAGCAUACUUGCAUUAAUAGUUUAUAAAUCCAAUCCAUUCUUUCGAAUAUACUCAAACAUUUCAUGGCUAUUUGCAGCUUUUAUAAACUUUGUGAUUGUCAUGGUAUUAAUUGUCACGUCGUUGAUUAACAAAAGAAGACAUUGUGAAGUUAAUCCAAAUUGCCUUAAUUAUGUAAAUGCUGGUUUGUUUUGGUUGGGUUUUGCUGUAUUCCUUCAAGUUACCCUUACCCUGCACGUUUACUUUUCAAUCAUGUUGCGAAUUAAUGCAAAACGUCGGAUGGAGAAAGAAAAACUAAAUAGAAUUAACAAUCUUUCAUCUAAUAUUUCGAUUGGACCUAGUUUAUUUAAGAUUAAAAUUGACAAAGAAUAUGAUCUUACAGAUCAAACUGUAUAG